AUGGCAAAUAAUAACACGGAUUUGGAAGAGAAGCAAGAAAUGCUUAAGAAUUCCUGUUUUGUAACCAAAUUGGUGGCACUGUCAGUAAGUGUUGCCCAACGAGCCGGCAAUAUUAUCAAGGAAUGGGCUUUCAGUGGCAGUGGUAAACGAUAUUAUAAAGGACCUGUUAGUUUACGAGACUUAUAUACGGAUGCAGACAUUGCUGCGGAGGAUUGUAUUAUUUCAUCAUUACGCAAGCAUUUUGGCGAUGGUCUGAAAAUUAUUGGUGAAGAGAGCAUUGAACCAACGGGAACAAGUGUGGUAAAUGAUUUUGAUCCCAAUGUUUUGAUGUAUGAUAAUGAAUGUAGUGAUGAAGUGCGCCAGAUAACGUCGGAUGAUGUGGUGAUUUGGGUAGAUCCUUUGGAUGGAACUUAUGAAUUAGUUGCUGCCGAAGGCAAUAUAUCUCGACAGCAAGAAGUGACUGUGCUGAUUGGGGUAUCUUAUCAAGGACGACCAGUAGCUGGUGUAAUACAUCAGCCUUUUUGGGGAUCCAAUGCCAGAGGUCGCACAGUUUGGGCAAUCAAAGGAAUGGCCGUUCAUGGCAUAGAAAUUAUCAAAAGCAAUUCACAACGAUAUGCUGUUACAACACGAAGUCAUUCUACUCCUCAAAUUCGUGACACAAUAAACAUUAUGAAGGAAAAAAAUCUCAUUAACGAGGUUGAAUUUGUCGGUGGAGCCGGAUUUAAGGUCCUAAAAUGUUUAGAAGGUGCUGCUGCCUAUGUUUUUCCUAGUCCUGGCUGUAAAAAAUGGGAUACGUGUGCUCCAGAAUCAAUAAUUACUGCAUCAGGUGGCAAACUUACCGACAUCUCAGGAAAUAAUCUCUAUUAUGGUGCAGAUACGGAAAUAGCAAAUAGUGGCGGUGUGUUGGCAACAGCGCAUUGGAUAAAUCAUCAGGAAUUCGUGGAUUGCAUUCCAGAAAGAAUAAAAAUACUUGUGUCUGAAUUAGCUCAUAAUUGA